CAGCAAGCAUUGCGUGCAUUACAUUUUGUUCCGUUUUUUUGCUGUGCCGUUUUCUCUAGUUUAUUCUUUACUUGACUCGUUUUUGCGAACCUGUUAACAAGCAUGUCGUCAGCGGCCGAGGAAACGAAUCACAAAUCGGAGUCGUCCAAUGCAGCGGCGCCGGCAUCGGAAAACACGCCCGAGGAAAAUCCGCUGCAGGCAAAAGCCGACGAGCUCGGUGCUCGUGGUAAUGAUUACUUCAAAGAACAAAAAUAUGAGCAAGCAAUUGCGCUGUACACGGAAGCGAUCGAAACGUGCCCCAACGAGCGAUUCUACGCGAAUCGAAGCUUUGCUCACUUUCGGCAAGAGUCGUACGGGUACGCGCUGAGCGAUGCCGAUAAGGCGAUUUCGAUGAAGAGCAGCUACACCAAAGCGUAUUACCGCCGGGCGGCCGCCCUGAUGGCGCUCGGCAGGUUCAAGAAAGCGUUGGCCGAUCUGGAGUUGGUCGCUAAACGAUGUCCCAGCGCGAAGGAUGCUCAGGAUAAGUACACGGAGUGUAAAAAGAUGGUAAACAAGAUAGCUUUUGAAAAAGCGAUCUCGGUGCAACAUCAGGAAAAGAGUGUUGAGAAAAUGUGCCGUGAUCUGGAAUUUGCGACUAUCGAGGACGAUUACACUGGACCAAAGUUGGAAAACGGUAAGGUUACCUUGGAGUUCAUGGAAAGCCUGUUGGAGUGGUACAAGAAACAGAACAAGCUGCACAAAAACUUUGCCUAUAGGAUUCUUUGCGACAUGGAAACGCUUCUUAAAACGCAACCCUCCCUGGUGGAGAUUACAAUCCCGGACAGCCAAAAGUUUACCGUUUGCGGUGAUAUUCACGGUCAAUUUUACGAUCUGCUGCAUAUAUUCGAAAUUAACGGUUUGCCAUCGCCCACCAACCCCUACCUGUUCAAUGGCGACUUUGUCGAUCGGGGAUCCUUUUCGGUGGAGUGCAUUUUCACCCUGUUUGGGUUUAAGCUGCUAUAUCCGAACCACUUUUUCCUGGCCCGUGGAAACCACGAAAGCUUCAACAUGAACCAACUGUACGGCUUUACGGGCGAGGUGGUUUCGAAGUACUCGCAAAACAUGGCCGAUAUGUUUACGCUCGUUUACAAUUGGCUGCCUUUGUGCCAUUUGAUCAACAAGAAGGUGCUGGUCAUGCAUGGUGGGCUGUUCUCGAAGGAUAAUGUAUCGCUGGACGAUUUGCGCGCGAUUGAUCGUAACUGCCAACCACCAGAGGAUGGGCUAAUGUGCGAACUGCUGUGGUCCGAUCCGCAUCCACAGCCGGGUCGUGUACCGUCCAAGCGUGGUGUGGGUAUAGAGUUUGGGCCGGAUGUAACGGAAGCAUUCCUGAAGUACAACAACCUGGACUAUAUCAUACGUAGUCAUGAAGUUAAGGCGGAAGGGUACGAGGUUGACCAUAAUGGAAAAUGCAUAACUGUCUUCUCCGCACCUAACUAUUGCGACCAAAUGAAGAAUCUUGGUGCGUUCAUCACGCUGAAAGGCAAUGAUUUAACACCCAAAUUCACUACCUAUUCCGAGUCGCCCCAUCCCCUCAUUCGGCCGAUGGCUUAUGCUUACAGCUUAAUGUCAUAGUACAGUUGAGGCGUUCUGGACGGUAUUGAAGGUUAUUUCAAUAUUUUAAAACUCUGUUGCUAUUGGAAUUUUAGUUGAAAAUCCCACCCUCAGUU